UAUAUCUAUAAAUGACCUCGAGCCAUCUUUCUCUAUACUUCGCUGCCAUUUCCCGAUUUCGUGGAGAGCUCUCCGACCUUGGAAUUCGAAUCGGAGGGGAGUAAUCGCCGCGGAUCGUCGCUUGUUAUUUUGCGUUUUGAUCUCUAGAAAAUGGCUGACGGAGAGGAUAUCCAGCCCCUCGUGUGUGAUAAUGGCACUGGCAUGGUCAAGGCUGGAUUUGCUGGUGAUGAUGCACCUAGAGCGGUUUUCCCUAGCAUUGUUGGCCGACCAAGGCACACUGGUGUCAUGGUUGGCAUGGGCCAGAAAGAUGCUUAUGUUGGUGAUGAAGCCCAGUCCAAGAGGGGUAUCCUCACUUUGAAGUACCCCAUUGAACAUGGAAUUGUUAGCAACUGGGAUGACAUGGAGAAGAUAUGGCAUCAUACUUUCUACAAUGAACUUCGUGUUGCCCCAGAGGAGCACCCUGUAUUGCUAACUGAGGCCCCUCUCAAUCCUAAGGCAAACAGGGAAAAGAUGACCCAAAUCAUGUUUGAAACCUUCAAUGUACCUGCCAUGUACGUUGCAAUUCAGGCUGUUCUUUCUCUGUAUGCAAGUGGACGUACAACUGGUAUUGUGCUGGAUUCUGGUGAUGGUGUGAGCCACACAGUUCCAAUCUAUGAGGGAUAUGCUCUCCCACAUGCCAUCCUCCGUUUAGAUCUUGCUGGCCGUGAUCUCACAGAUGCUUUGAUGAAGAUCCUUACUGAGAGAGGCUACUCCUUCACAACAACUGCAGAACGGGAAAUUGUAAGGGAUAUCAAGGAGAAGCUUGCCUAUGUUGCCCUUGACUAUGAGCAAGAAUUGGAGACAGCCAAGAGCAGUUCUUCAGUUGAGAAGAGCUAUGAACUGCCAGAUGGGCAGGUGAUUACUAUUGGUGCUGAGAGGUUCAGGUGCCCAGAGGUCCUCUUCCAGCCAUCCCUGAUUGGAAUGGAAGCUGCUGGUAUUCACGAGACAACUUACAACUCAAUCAUGAAGUGCGAUGUGGAUAUCAGGAAGGAUUUGUAUGGUAACAUUGUGCUCAGUGGUGGCUCCACCAUGUUCCCUGGCAUUGCUGAUCGUAUGAGUAAGGAAAUCACUGCUCUUGCCCCAAGCAGCAUGAAGAUCAAGGUGGUUGCACCUCCUGAGAGGAAGUACAGUGUCUGGAUUGGAGGUUCCAUCCUUGCCUCGCUUAGCACUUUCCAGCAGAUGUGGAUUUCAAAGGCAGAGUAUGAUGAAUCUGGCCCUGCUAUUGUUCACAGGAAGUGCUUCUGAGUUUUGUUGAUCAGCGUGCAGUUAAAAUCACCUAGCUGUUCAAUUCUACUGAGGUUAAUAGUUGAGAUUGUUGUGGCUUUAUAUUGAGUUGUUUGUGUACUUUUAUACAAAUUCCAUACAUGCAAUGGAUGACAACCCGGAGGGUGCAUCAGUUUUCUGUUUCUUCUUUUAGUCAUGUAGGUUUUCAGUUUGGUAGCCCUAGUAGGAAAACAUUGUCCUUUGUCCAUUUGAUUUGUUGUUGUUAUUAGUGAUGACAGUUCAGUGUGUUUUUCUUUUGCUUUA